UGCUCCGGCUCGGUCCUUAAAACUGGGAGAAGUGGGGGCUGCAUGUUGUUGCCGGAGUAGACUCAAACCCCAGCUGCAAGAGCCGCCUUGGGGAGUGAGGGCUGGGAACUGACUGCACCCAUAGACCCCGCGUUGUAACUCGAACGCAGGGAGCAAACCUUGCCUAUCUUCCCGCACUCCCCUCUCAAUCCACGCACUCUUGGCUCCGACGACGCCAAGAGACUUGAGGGCGUAUUAGAGCCCCUUAGCGCGGGCAGCAGGUGUCCCAGGAGGGCCUCCAGGUUCCUGACGACCCCGGUUUCAGCAGGGCCCAACCCCUCCUCGGAGCCCGCUGUCCCGCGCCGUUGAAGAUCGUGACUCCCCGCAGGUUCCCGCCUCUGCCUUUCUGUCCCCAGCAUGGCUCUCAGCACAGACGACCCGCUGCCGCCUAGUCUGCUGUCCGUCCAGCAGGCCACUCUCCUGCUGCUGCUCUCGGUGCUGGCCGCAGUGCACAUGGGUCAGUGGCUGUUGAGGCAGCGGAGGAGGCCCUGGUCCUCACCUCCGGGCCCCUUCCCGUGGCCCCUGAUCGGAAACGCGGCGGCCGUGGGCCCGGCGUCGCACCUGUCCUUCGCGCGCCUGGCGCGACGCUACGGAGACGUCUUCCAGAUCCGCUUGGGCAACUGUCCCGUGGUGGUGCUGAACGGAGAGAGCGCCAUUCACCAGGCCCUGGUGCAGCAAGGGGCCACCUUUGCCGGCCGGCCGCCCUUCGCGUCCUUCCGCGUGGUGUCCGGUGGCCGCAGCAUAGCUUUCAGCGACUACUCGGAGGGCUGGAAGGCGCAGCGGCGCGCGGCGUUCAGCACCGUGCGCGCUUUCUCCACGCGCCAGCCGCGCAGCCGCCGCCUCCUCGAGGGCCAUGUGCUGGGCGAGGCGCGCGAGUUGGUGGCCGUUCUGGUGCGCGGCAGCGCGAGCGGAGCCGGCCUCGACCCGACACAGCCGACCAUUGUGGCGGUGGCCAACGUCAUGAGCGCCGUGUGCUUCGGCUGCCGCUACAACCACGACGACGCCGAGUUCCUGGAGCUGCUGAGCCACAACGAGGAGUUUGGGCGCACGGUGGGCGCCGGCAGCUUGGUGGACGUGAUGCCCUGGCUGCAGCUCUUCCCCAACCCGGUGCGCACCACCUUCCGCCAGUUCCAGCAGCUCAACCGCAAUUUUGACAAGUUCAUCUCGGACAAGUUCCGGAAGCACCGCGAAAGCCUGCGAGACUGGACGGCUCCCCGCGACAUGAUGGACGCCUUCAUCCAAGCCGCCGAGAGGAAGGCGGCCGGGAAGGUCAGCGAGGUCGGCGCGCGGCUGGACAUGGAGGACGUGCCGGGCACCGUCACCGACGUUUUCGGCGCCAGCCAGGACACGCUGUCCACCGCGCUGCUGUGGCUGCUCAUCCUCUUCACCAGAUAUCCGGAUGUGCAGGCCCGAGUGCAGGCUGAACUGGAUCAGGUGGUGGGAAGGGACCGUCUUCCCUGCAUGAGUGACCAACCCAACCUGCCCUACGUCAUGGCCUUUCUUUAUGAAACCAUGCGAUUCUCCAGCUUCGUGCCUGUUACUAUACCUCACACAACUACUGACAACACUUUUGUCUUGGGCUACUACAUCCCUAAGAACACGGUGAUUUUUGUUAACCAGUGGUCUGUGAAUCAUGACCCAGUGAAGUGGCCUAAUCCAGAGGACUUCAAUCCAGCCCGGUUCUUGGACAAGGAUGGCUUCAUCAACAAGGAUCUGGCAAGUAGUGUGAUGAUUUUUUCAGUGGGCAAACGGCGGUGCAUCGGGGAGGAGCUGUCCAAGAUAAUGAUGUUUCUCUUCAUUUCCAUCCUAGCUCAUCAGUGCAGUUUCAAGGUCAACCAAAAUGAGCCCUCAGAAAUGAGUUUCAGUUACGGUCUGACCAUUAAGCCCAAGUCCUUUAAAAUCCAUGUUUCCCUCCGAGAGUCCAUGGAGCUCCUUGAUAAAGCUGUCCAAAAGUUGCAAGAUGAGGCAGCUUGCCUGUGAGAAGCCAGAGGAAAGCUGAUAUUUUAGAAAAGCUCAAGUCUUGGAGGAUAGGAAGGAAAACUUAGAAAUUUUUUAGUUCCAUUUUGGUGCCAAUAGUUAAUUAGUCUUUACAGCGGGUGUAAACCAAGUGGCUUGCAGAUGAGAUGUGUUUCACACCCAAGGGCUCCUCCUAAGCCCUGGUCUAGGUGGAAGCUUUGGAAGAUUUUUUGAGUCAAAGAAUUAAGAGGGCCUAUGAAAUUUUUACAUACUAUGAGAUCCUGGUAAUAAUUUCUUAAGAAGCGUUCUUUGUAGUCAAACCCCGCCACCAUCACCACUCAUAUGCACAUGCAGCUAUCUAGUGAAGGAAUAUUUAAGUAAUGAUGGCUUUUUAGAUGGAUGCAAGAUUGAGCUUGAUGUGCAGAAACACACUUCAUGGAAAAUUGUAUUAAGCAACCUUUCAGAAUAUGUUAAAGAUGUAAAGGCGACUAAUUUCAGUGCAAGAUAUGACUGGGAGUGACAAAGGAAAACUUUAGGAACCAAAAAUGACCUUCUCACCUUUUUAGUAAAAUAGCUUAAUGAGCUUGUAGCUAUUUGAGUGGACUUCCUUUUGAUGUCCUGAUGUGCUUUCCCUACUUUAGCAUGAAUCAAGAAGUCAAUUGCUGAAAAAGAAGUUAAUAGUGUAAUAAUUGUGAGUUUCAGACAUUUAUUAUGAAUUUUAAAGUGUGUCAAUUUAAUAGUCAUAGUGAGGAGUUGCAGAGAUUUAUCAUGAAUUUUAAAGUGUGCAUGUUUAAACUAUAAAAUCCAAGCUGAACUUGUACCUCUCUGGGUUGCCAAUCUAUAUAGUAUUUGAAUUAUGAGGAAAAUACUUUGCUGUCCAGCUUUCGAUGUAUGAUUAUAUGUAUUCAUUUUAGUAAUUCUCAUGGGCUUAAAAAAAAAACCAUGUCACCAAAUAGUAUUAAGUGUAUAUACAUAUAUGUUACAUAAUACAGUAUGUUAGUAUCAAUUAUUUUUAGUAGGAACAGUUUCAAAUAUAUAUAUAUAUAUAUAUAUAUA